AGGAAGGGGGGUUUGGCUAGCCUGCUCCCCCCUCCUUUGCUGGCCCUUUAAAUCCCUCCCCCACCGAUCCACCCCGGCCCCCCCCCCCCCCCCCCCGCCGCCUGCAGAGCCAUCAAUCAACUCCAGCAGGAGCCGCAUGGCACCGGGUUUUGCCCAGCAGCAGCGCCGCGGGGGUCUCUCCGGGCUGCCCCCGCCACGAGAGCCGGGGGCCGGGCUGGCUGGUGCCGCGGGGCGGGCCCCCGGCAGGAGGAGAAAAACCCGGAGCCUGGGGGUGCAUUUGCCCGCCCCCCCCUUUUGCAAUAUCCAGCUCUCCAGUCGGGGCAGCUUUGCCUGGCGUUUUGCAAAGCGAAGCUCCUGCCUUUUGCACGGGUCUGCCUUGGGGAAGGGGUGCGGGGGGGGGCGCGUUUAAAACCCAGCCCCCCCCCCCAAACUCUCUGAGCUCUUUGCUAAUUGCACAGAGGGGCCCCGUGAAUGUUGUUUUGCAGGAUCCAGCUGCUUUUGCACGGGGGGAAAUCCAGUUCCAGUUUUUUCCCCCCUCCCUCCUUUGCUUUUUCUGCAAGUCCUCAAAGAACCCCCCCCCCCAUGCGUUAACAUGCCCCCCCCCCACCCCGCUUCUUGCGACAUCAAUAUCUGGCCCAGGGGGCAGCGCCAACCGCCGCCCUCCAAAAGUCGCGUUUUCUCCUUGGCUUUUCCUCGUGCCAUUUGGCUUGUCGUGGCAGGGUUUUCGCCUGCCCGCCUGGGACUGGCUUUGUGACUAGAAACCCCCUCGCCUGAAUUGCUCCUUGCCUCGUUUGCGUUGGCCGGACUGGAAUCCCGCGGCCGGACAGCGUCCCGCGUCUGCGGAAAGGUAUCCAGAGCCGGGCUUUCGGGCGGCGUCGCUUUCUGCAGCGGUGACAUCCCGAGCGGGGGCCAAGGCUGCGGUCCAAACUUCUGCGGGUGAAACCGGCCUGCUGCGAAAAAGCAACGUCUCUCCUUUCGCCUUCGUUUCCAAGUCCUGCUCCCCCCCCGCCUCUCUUCGCUGGCUUCCAGGUUUGCGCCAGAAAACCGCACGGGGAAAAAAAAAAACCCUCGGCUGAUUUAUUUUGCUUCUCUUCAUGUGACUUCUAUUAAAAUCAAACCCCGGAGCCGAUUGCAAAAGAAGAAAUUCGUGUCCUAGUGCAAACAAGGCGGCAGCGGGGGCCUACCAGGGUGCGCGGCGGCAGAGCUGGGGGGUUGGUGGGUUUUUUUUGCAGCCGUGCGAGAUUGCAAAGGGCCUUUUAUUUGCACGCCGCCGAGGCUUGUGCAAAAGAGCCCGUGGCGAGGCGACUUCAGCUGCAAAGUGCCCGGCCGUGAAAUCACGGGGAAGCGGGUCCAGGCUGCCCGGCGCCCGGCGGGGACUUCGGACACGUGCAGGACGCGAGAGAAGCCCGCGGCGAGUUUGCGACUGUCCCUCCCUCGACGCUCCUGGGCCUCUGGCCGGCUCAAUCCAGGGGGGCGAAUGUGCUAAACCUCUGCCCUGCAGGGGGGUCCUAGCCCUGUUGCAAAAGCUUGUGCGGGGGCAUCCUUUAAAAGACGGGGGGGGUCGCAAAACGGGAGAGGAAUGAACUCCUGGGAAAGAGGCGCAGAGGGGGCGUGAAACCCGUGGCACUGUGGAAGCUCGACACCCUGAAAGAGGCGGCCGCGAAAAGGGGGCACACGCUUUGAAUUGCCCCCCCUCCCCCCUGCAAAGAGGACAGCUGCAGCCACAAAACCCAGCCCCCCCCCCGAAACCUCUGCCCCCCCCGGAGCGGGCGGCCCGUGUUGACGCUGCAAACAGGGCGGGGGGGGAAAUGCCUUGACUCUCCCAGGCCCCUGAGUUGGCGCGCCAUGGAGGAGGCGGCCGCGGAGGGCGACCCGCCCAUGGCUGACGUCCACCUGUGUGGGCACCUGCGGAAGCAGAAGUCCCAGCGGCGCCGUUUUUUUGUGCUGCGGGCACCCAGCGAGCGGGGGCCGGCCCGCCUGGAGUACUACGACAGCGAGAAGAAAUUCAGGGCCGGGGGCGCCCGCCCCAAACGCAGCUUCCCCCUGGCCAGCGCCCUGAACAUCAACAAGCGGGCGGACGCCCGGCACCGGCACCUCAUCGUCUUGUACGGCCGGGACGGCACCUUCGGGGUGGCGGCCGAGAGCCCGGAGCAGCAGGAGGCCUGGUACCGCGCCAUGAUGGACCUGCGCGCCAAGGGCCUGUCGCAGCCGGGGAGCGGGGCGGCCGCGCCCUUCCGGGAGGUCUGGCAGGUGACCCUGCGCCCCAAGGGGCUGGGGCACGCCAAGAAUCUGGUGGGUGUCUACCGGCUGUGCCUGGCGGAGAGCACGGUGGAGCUGGUCCGGCUCAGCGCCCCGGCCCCCUGCCUGGUGCUUCAGCUGCUGAGCGUCCGGCGCUGCGGCCACUCGGAGAACUACUUCUUCCUGGAGGUGGGGCGCUCGGCCGCCACGGGCCCCGGCGAGCUGUGGAUGCAGGUGGAGGACCUGGUGGUGGCCCGGCACAUCCACGAGUCCAUCCUGGAGGCCAUGAAGCGGCUGAGUGAGGAUUGCCGGGUGCGGGGCCGCGGCCAGGCCUCCGCCCCCGUCUCGGUGCCGGCUCGGCGCCUGCCCCCUGCCCAGCCACCGGGGUCCGGGCACCGCCGGCCCGACGGGGAUUACACCCUGGCCUCGUCGGACGAGGGCGGCUCCUCCAGCCCCGGGGAGGGGCGCCCGGCCGGCAGCCCGGAGCCGGCAGGCUCCCCGGAGGGGCGGGCGCCCGGCUGCAAGCGGCCGUCGCUGCCCCCCUUGGCCCUGGGCAAAGGCGCCGGGCAGAGGAAGCCGGGGUGGUGCCCGGAGUCCGGCUACAUGGCCAUGCUGCCCGGGGCGGCCCUGCCGGGCGCGGGGCAGCCGGACUACGUGCCCAUGAGCCCCGGCGGUGUCUCUCCGCCCCGGGGCGAAGCCGCCGGCUAUAUGCUCAUGUCCCCCAGCGGGAGCUGGGCGCCCGAGUACGUCAACAUGUCCCCUCUGUGGCGUUCGGCUGGCAGCACCCCCCCGCGCCGCAGCCCCCCACCCGGCGCCCCCGGGGAGGCCCCCUGCCCCUUCCGCUCUCUGCCGCGGUCCUACAAACACGGGGCCCAGCUGGCCGUGCCCGGGCGCCUCUCCUCCUCCUCCUCCUCCACCAGCAGCGAGAGCUUGGAGGAGCCGGUGCCCCCGAGCCCCGGGGAGUACGUCAGCAUCGAGUACCGGCCCGGCCCGGGCCAGCCGGCCAGGGUGGAUCCGGGCAGGCGGCGCUGCGGCGAGCGGGGCGCCCCUGCCUGGGAGGAGCCGGGACUCAACUACGUGGCCCUGGACCUGGCCCGGGGAGGAGGCGGCCCGGAUGGGAGCCCCCGGGCGGCCGGCGGCCCCAGCCCCCAGGCCUACGCCAGCAUCGACUUCCACCGCUCCCAGGACCUGCGGGGGCGCCGGGGCGGAAGGGAUGGGCCAGAGUGCUGAUCCCUUUGCUGUCUGUGCAACCUGGUGACUUCGGGGCUCCCCUGGCUCGGGACCAGCUCCCCACCCCAGAGCUGGUCGCAUCGGGACGCCUGCUGCCUGAUACCUCCGCAGACGACGCGCGUCGGUUUCCUCCCGAUGGACCGUGAACCCCUUUAAGUGCCUUUGUUUUUGGGGUGUGGCUCUCGGGCGGUUAUGGAGAACAAGCCAAAGACAGACUCACGUUUUGGGGGGGGGCUGGUGCCUUGUGCUCCAUGGGUCUUUUGUAUCUGCUGGGGGGAUACCCCAGCACCUGACUGUGGGCUUGAGGUUUCAAGGUCACCCCCAGUUUUGGGGGAAACCCUCUGCACCAAAGCCAAUUCUUUACUUUUUUUUUGGUGGGGGGUCGUCCCAGCUUCUCACCCCUUGGGAUGGAGACUUUUUGGGGGGGGGGGCGGGGGGCUGAUUCCUUAUUUGCAGGGAUAACCCCCCAUCUAUGUUGGGGUCACCCCUUUGCCCCCAUCAACCCUCUGGUGCCUUCCUGCCCCCCCCAGCUUGUCUGUGUUUUUUGGGGUAUGCCCCAAAGGCUCCCCCCAUCUGUGCACUGUGUUUUAUUCCCCCCACCCCAGCAUGAGGGGGAGAAUUGUGCCCUCUCGCAUAGCCAAAGUGCACCCCUGCAGAUGGGGCGUGGGGGGGGGGGCGGUCUUAGGUUCGAAUUUGGGCUUCGCUCUGUGCUUCUGAUUUGCACCUGGUUGGUUUUUUGCACUAGCUUUAAAACGUUUCGUUUGAAACCACGUAAUUUAUAGCUCCGGCUCCGAGGCCUUAAAUCCACCCGCCCUUCGUCAGGCUCCAAACGAGCCGCAUGCCCGACCCCGGCUGAGCUCGCCAGGAAGGGAAGAUUUUAGAUUCCCCGGCGCGGGGCCGAGGGGCCGGGCCGGGCCUUCGCUCGGCGGGGUGUAGCGCUUGACUGCAGCCUCGGGAGCUCGGUUUUGGGGGUCCCUCGUUUGCGAGAUGGGAGUUGGGGUGGUUUAUUGGUUAUAAUAAAGCCUCUUUAUUGCAGCUCGUGUCCGAUCGGCUUUAUGGUAAAAUUGGGGAUGGCUGGGAACGAAUUUUCUGGCAUCUCCUCUGCCCUCGGCCAGGGAGACCCCCCGGCGCGUUUCGGCGUGACCCAGGCUGACCGGGGGGCUCUGGCCGACGCGCCGCCCUCGUUUCUGCGGGGGGGGGGGAGAUUUGCAGAAUGAGUCUCAGCUGGUGGGAGCAGUUUCUUGCCCCUCCUCGGCGUGAUUUACGUCCUGGCAGAGAUGUUUUUGACACCAAAAAUCUUUCUUGCGUGCUUUUUGAUUGAUCAUCUGGGGCUGUUUGCAUCCUUUAUCCAAAAACGAAUACAGGGGAUUUAGCAGCACGGCUGGAACCGGGUGCCAGUUUGGCUAACCCAGUUUGAGUCCUUUCUUUUUUCGGGGGGAGAUAAAAUCUAACGCCAAGAGGUGUAUUAGGCCGGGGGUUGCUGAGGUUUCUCACGCAGGGCUUCGGGCAAAAUCGUUUUGCAGCUCGGCUUGAUCCGCAGAGGAACAUUUCCUCCACUGUUGCAAGGACAUUUGCAGCCGAGCCCGGGACUUCAACGGGCUUCGUGUGGGGCUUUUCACGGAGAAGCGAGGGGGAGGCCCAAAGCCGGGGGAAGCGAGAUCUCCGGCCGAAAACCGCCCCCGUGAACGAGGUUUGCAAAGACCUUGGAGGUUUUCCACGCCCCCGAAGGACGCCCCAGGUCCCGCCGCGGGCUCUGUGCGUUUCAAGCCCCCCCGGGCCUGGGCGGUAACGGCUGGGCGUGCGAGGGGGCCGACUCACGGCGGCAGAGCCGGGCGGUGCCUGACUCGGCUACACGGCUAGCGAGGGGCCAGGCUGCGGCGCUGAGCAAGGCCGAGGCUGCCCGGCGGGAUCACGGCCGGGGGUUACUGCCGCGGGCGAACCUGCUUUCCGAUCCAGCGGGGCCGGGGCAGGUGGGGGCUGCCCCAUUGGGGUGGUUUCCUGGCCCCCUGGUGGUGCUGGGUGAGACCCCCAGAAUCAGAGGGGAGCGUGAUCGCCCCCUGCUGGGAGACACCGAGGAGGCUGGGGCUGGUUUAAGUAUUGCCGUUUUAGGAGGGCCUACAGAAUUAGGUGCCUUCCCCCGCACCCCGAACCGCAAGUGCCUGAGUGAAGCUGCUGCCCCCCCCCCAUCUCCUGCCCACCACGGGGGGGGGG